AUGACCUACCCAGCAGAGUCAGUGCAAAUUGGCUACCAGAACCACGUAGAGGACAUUCGCUCCUUCCUCGACAGUCGCCAUGCCGACCAUUACACUGUCUUCAACCUGUCACAACGCAACUACCGCGGUGCCAAAUUCUCCAACAGGGUUUCCGAGUGUAACUGGCCUUCUCGUCAGGCUCCCAGCCUCCACAACCUUUUUGCUGUGUGUAAAAACAUGCACAACUGGCUCAAACAGAAUCCCAAGAAUGUGUGUGUCAUCACCUGCUCGGAUGGUCGGGCUCCCUCGGGUGUUUUGGUUUGUGCCAUGUUCUGCUUCUGCCACCUCUUCAACAAUCCAGUUCCUGCCAUGCAGCUGCUCAGCGCCAAGAGACCAGGAUCUGGCCUGUGGCCCUCACACCGCAGGUACAUAGGCUAUGUGUGCAGCAUGGUAUCGGAGAAGCCCAGUCUACCCCAUUCCAAGCCCUUGAUGAUCAAGGGUCUUACAAUAAGUCCAGUACCCUGCUUUAACAAGCAGCGUAGCGGCUGUCGGCCUUUCUGUGACGUCCUUAUUGGAGAGACAAAGAUCUUCAGCACUGCACAGGAGUACGAGAGGAUGAGAGAGCACAGGAUCCAAGAGGGUAAGAUCGCCUUUCCUCUAGGUGCGAGUGUACAAGGCGACGUCAUUGUUUCAGUGUACCACAUGAGGUCAACCAUCGGAGGACGUCUCCAGGCCAAGGUUUCAAACACACAGAUCUUCCAGAUUCAGUUCCAUACUGGCUUCAUUGCUCCUGGUACCACCGUGCUAAAGUUUAGCAAACCAGAGCUGGAUGCAUGUGACUCUCCUGAGAAGUAUCCCCAGCUUUUCCAUGUGAUACUGGACGUGGAAGUAGAGGGGGUGGACAAGCAGAAAGACCUGACGCCGCCUUGGGAGCAGUUCCCCUGUAAGGACCUCAACCCCAAUGUGCUCUUCUCCUGCCACCAGGAAAAUCAGGACGCCCUUGCUAUCGCUGGUAACGUUGGGAUGGGUAGCUUACACUGGGUACUAAACUGCCUCUGCUCAUUUGAACUGCACACAUUUUUUUAUCAAUAACAUAGA